CUUUCGUUUCGUUCGUUCGUGAUUUUUUCAUUGUGAAAAGUGCACCAAGAGAGAGGCUUGAGAAGCCUACAUUUUAUAUAUUUUACAGAAAGGUCAAGUUAUUACAGUGGUGUUUGGAACAAUUUGCCAUCUAAAUGGCGCUCAAUCCACAGUACGAUGCCAUCGGAAAAGGAUUCGUUCAACAGUAUUAUGCUUUGUUCGAUGAUCCGGCUUCACGAGCUACUCUAGCGAAUAUGUACAACGUGGAAACAUCCUUUAUGACCUUUGAGGGAGUUCAGAUACAAGGUGCUGUGAAAAUUAUGGAAAAGUUAAAUGCAUUAACUUUUCAAAAAAUUGGUAGACUAAUAACAUCUGUAGAUUCACAGCCAAUGUUUGAUGGAGGAGUUCUAAUAAAUGUACUUGGCAGGUUGCAGUGCGAUGACGAUCCUCCACACCCAUACAUGCAGACCUUCGUACUGAAACCACUUGGAGAUUCUUUCUUUGUCCAACAUGACAUAUUCCGCCUCGGCAUCCACGACUCAGCUUAAUUUUUCUUAACAUCACAAUACCGGAUCAUACAUAAUGCUCGUAUGAUCAACGCUGUAAUAAAUCUUGUUUUGGUUAACUAGGUGUAAGUAACAAAUUGAAUGAAUUGCCUAAAUUGUACUUGUAUAAUAACGGGAAGGUUGCGAUCUCAAUGUAUAGAUCAAUUUUUUAUGAUGUGAACAACUCAAAGCCUUACUGAUUUAUCGAUAAGUUUUAAUAUUUCUUUCAUACUAAAGAGCAAUCAGUGAUUUGGUAUUUUUUUUGGCUUGUACUAAGACAGCUUUAGUGAAAAUAACGGCGGACUUUUUCAGUUACAUGUAUACAUACAUUUUAUAAAUAAAUAUAAUUUUAUAAUUUUG